AUGAAUCAGCAAUUUAUUAAGACUGCAUUAUUGUCAGAGUCAGAAUCUGACCACUCAAAAUAUCAAUCCUCUUCAGAUGACGACUUUAUCAAUCCAACCUUACCCUCUACCUCAAAAAACACUCAAAUGAAAAUAAAGUUGUCUACGUUAGGUCUUGUAUGCGAUAAAUAUAGUAUAUCUGACCACUCAGCUGCUGCGAUUACUGGUGCAGUAUUAAUAGAUGUAGGCAUAAUUACCACAGAAGAUCCGUCGAAAAUAGUUAACAGAAAUAAAGUGAGAAGAGAGCGAAAAAAUCUAGAAAUACCAAAAGGAAGGAAUUUGAAAGUGAUAACAGAGGAAUAA